GGUAGCAAUUGUCAUUUUUGGUUUUAUAUAUCGAAAACAUUUGUGCGCCAUUAGCAAAAAAUUAAAAAAAAAAUCCAAAGAGGAAAUGUUUAAGAAAUCUAAACAAGACAAUCUAAGUAACAAUUUAGCUGACAAUAGCACAAACUCAAUGGUAAUGCAACAUUGGAAUGGCCCUACUGCUUACAACAAUCGCUACGUGCCAUGGGAGAGAGAUCCUCAACAGAAUGGAUUGGUAACAUCACAACUGUCGUCAAAUGCUAACAACGGAGCUAUACACGAUGACGAYACUAAUGUGACAAAUAACAUUAGUGGUUUACAAAGUAUUACUGAUAAUGUUAUUAGUUAUUCGAAAAAUGCCUCCCAAAAUGCAGUUAAUAACUCAACCUUUAAUAUGAAUGGCAAAUGUUGUUGGGAGUUCCCGAGGCACCGACUUAAAUUCUUCAAUAUUUUGGGUGAAGGUGCAUUUGGUCAAGUUUGGCGUUGUGAAGCAAACGACAUUGAUGGUAUAGAAGGGGUUACAACUGUGGCUGUGAAAACUUUAAAGGAAAACGCUACUGAAAGCGAAAAGAAGGACCUUAUGACUGAAAUUGAGGUAAUGAAGUCACUUGAACCUCAUAUCAAUGUUGUCCGAUUACUUGCAUGUUGCACCGACAAGGACCCGUUAUUUGUGAUUAUUGAAUUUGUGAAUCGAGGGAAAUUACAAACUUACCUYAGAAAUUCACGUGCUGAAAU